AUGGCGUCCGAGCGGGAACAGCCAGACGUGACCCAGCACUCGUGGCCAGCUCUCGGACGUCCCGCAAGAAGCCAAGCGGCCCGCAGGAGCGCCGGCCCCCACAAGGCGAAGGAGCCCCGCGCUGGCCCUGGCCCCCCAAGAAGAAUCCCAAGGCGGAGGGGCCGGCGCUCGCGCUCAGGGAGCCGGGCGCGUCACAAGGAGAAGCACCGGGACGGCGGCGGCAGUGGCAAGAAAAAGAAGAAGCAGCAGCGCUCCCGUUCCUGGGAGAAGCGGCCGCCCCGCGAUAAGCAGCGCGAGGUGCAUGUCCUGGAGGAGCCCAAGGCGGAGGAGCGUCGCCGGGACGCCCGCACCGUCGUGCCGCCCUCCAUCCAGGACCUCAACGACACCGAUCUCUUCACCAUCAAGAGAACCAUCACCGUUAGCCGGCAGGACGGCUCCCCGGAGCCGGCCAAGCGGGAGGUGCUCUAUGACUCGGAGGGGCUGAGCUUCGAGGGCUGCUUCUCAGACCGUGAGCCCGCUGAGGGGCCCCGGCACCUGGGCAGCAAGGGCGAAGGGGGGCUGCCCCGCAAAGAGCGGCCGGAGGAGGAGGCCAAGCCGCCCAAGGAGAAGGAGCGGAAGCGGGGGUACCCAGAGGAGCGCCCCGCACCUCGCGAGAAGUCCAAGAAGAGGUUCAAGGAGGCGCCGGGCCGGUCGGCGCCCGAGGCGGGCAAGGCGGAAAAGGAGAAGUCGCGGCCAGAGCGGGAGAAGCCCCCCCGGAAAGCCAAGGCCGGGCACAAGGACAGCGGCAAGGCGGGCGGCUCGGGCCGCAAGGUCAAGCUGCAGUCCAAGGUGGCGGUGCUGAUCCGCGAGGGCGUCAGCAGCACCACGGUCUCCGGCAAGGAAGGCGGCUCCAUCGGCAUCAAAUUCAGCCGGGACAAGGAGAGCCGCUCGCCUUUCCUCAAGCCGGAGGAGAAGGGGCCCGGGGCCGAGGCCAAGGCGGAGCCAGCCAAGGAGCCGGGCGGGAAGGCCAAGAAGCUCAAAGGGCUGAAGGCCAAGGCGGGGCUGAAGAAGGCCAAGGGGCCGGGGGCCAAGGCCAAGGGGCCCUCGGAGGCCAAGAAGAAGAAGAAGCUGAAAGCCAAGACGGGGCUGAAGAAGUCGAAGGCCGACAGCUGCAGCCAGGGGGCCGGGAGCCCACCCGCCCCUGCCCCAGAGCCGAUGGGGGGCGCCGGCUCCCCACUCAGCCCCCCGCCCAACUUGCCGCCCGCCCCGGCCAGCGGAAUGACCCCCGACUCGCAGACGGUGGAACAGCAAGCUGCAAGAGGCCGAUGUCUCCUUCGGGGCGAGAGGCCGGCCGUGCCCGCGCCUGGGCGAGCAGCAGAGAGGCCAGCGGGCGAGCCCAGGCACAGCCCUCGCGAAGCAAGGAGGAGCCUGCCCGCCGCCCUUGCCCCGCCCGCCAGCCCGGCCCCCAUGGCAUGGAACUUGCAGGGGGCGUGGACUGCGACCACAAGCGGCGUCCUGGCACAUGGGGAGUCCCAACCUGGCGACCGGGCCAAGGCCCAUGAACUGAUCCAGGCCACAACAGGCCGUAUCCAGGCCGGAGGGUCCCGCACCAGCCCCGCGCCCACCCAGGGAGCCGCGUCCAGCGCGGGUGAGGGUCCGCAUCGCCAGCCCGGCGCCCAGCAGGGGAGCCGCGUUGCAGCCCGGAUCCUGAGUCACACUAAACCCUCCACGUCCCUAGCGGGCUCCCAGGCACCCGCACCGCCUCCCACCCACACAGCUGCCCCCUACCUGCUGCACGGCUCCCUGCCUCUGGGGGGCUGCAGCUCCACCCCCCCGACCCCCACCGGGCUGCCUGGCAGCCUUGGCCCGGCCUCGGCGGGCACUGGCAGCGGGACACUCUUUGGCACUGGCUCCGGCAGCGACCUGGGCAAGCGGGAUGGGAGCACCAGCUCCGACGGGCGCGGGGACACCGAUAAGUACCUGAAGAAGCUGCACACACAGGAGCGGGCGGUGGAGGAGGUGAAACUGGCCAUCAAGCCCUACUACCAGAAGAAGGAGAUCACCAAGGAGGAAUACAAGGACAUCCUGCGCAAAGCGGUGCACAAGAUCUGCCACAGCAAGAGCGGGGAAAUCAACCCGGUGAAGGUGAACAACCUGGUGCGCGCCUACGUCCAGCGUUACAAGUACUUCCGGAAACACGGCCGCCGCAUGGAGGAGGAGCCGGGGGGCCCCAAGGACCUGGGGGGGCUGGAGAAGGCCUCGCUACCCAUGCCCCCCCUCUGAGCCUGGCGGGGGGCCCACCCCCCCAUCUGUGUCUCUAGCUGACUCGGACCCCCUUAUGCAAAAGGAGGGGGGCGCUCGUGGCCUCCCCCCAGACUCUGAAUGGUUUUAAACAGGAACAGUUUUACUCUGUACAUAUGAGGGAGCUGGACUUGGGAGGGUGAGCCUGGCUGGGCGGGGGCCUGUUUGUGGGCUACCAUCCCCUCGAAUUCCCCCACUUUACUCAUGUUAGCAUGUUUUUAUUUGGAUUCCUCCCCCCGGGGAAUCUCUCAUCCCCCCCGACCCCCAGCUGCCCUGGGGGGAGCAGCUCUCUGGGUUGGGGGGCACCAGCUAUGGAGGGGCAUCUCAUCUCUCUGCCCCCCAUCUCUGUAUCUUCCUUCUAUCUCUUCAUAAACUGCGUUAGCCACUUG